UUGGGAAGCUCUGCUUUUUGAAAACCAUGUUGCCGGAGCAGGGAUUGCGGAACUCGCCCCUUGCCGGAUCUUUGGUGCCUGCUCUGUGGCAUCCAUGCCAUGAUGCUGGAAGUGUCAAAAGCUGCGGCCGUUGGACAUGGGAAGCGGUGCUAUACUCGGCCUGUACAAUACAGGUAGCCUGAUGAGUGCUCUUCUAGUCUCAACCCUGCGGCCGCAUCAAAGCCUGUCCUAUCAUGUCUACAUUGUUUGCGAAGGCGUACAGGUAUCGUACCUGUACGAGAGAUGCCUGCCUGGACAACGUGUGCCUGGUGCGGCUAAGUACGGAACUGGGCUCCGGAUUUAUCUCGAGAUGCCAAGGGUUGGGCAUCUUUCUUCCCUGGCCAUUCAUCUUGGCAACAUCAGCAAUUGAAAUAUUGCUCUGAGUAUUCUGUAGACUGCUGGGAGCAUUUACAUUCGCAUUCGCCGCUCUCUUUCCCCCCCGUCUCUCUGUUUCGUGCAAGAGGACAAAAAGACUUGGCAACGCAACCUGCAAUCACAUCACACGCUUGCGUGGCUUACAGAUUAGCUUCGCAGACGUACCGAUCUCGACACGCUUGAGCAAGACUCGUAACCAAACUUAGCCGGGAAGCUCAACGGCGGAUUACACGUUAGUACACAUGGCGCGCAUGCAUGUAUGUACACAUCGUCAAGGC